AUGUCGUUUAAAAGCAAAGAAAACUUUGGAGUGGAACAUCCGAAAGUGACAUAUCCUACUGGCGUGCCAGGUGGAGUCAAUAAUGGAUCUGUCAGCUUUCAGUCACUUCUUACUGCGAUCAGCAACUGUGCCGUGCCUCUUGUACACCAACUUAUCCAACAAACCCCAUCGCUUGUCCACGAAAAAGGUUGGCAUGGACAAACAGCUCUUCAUAAAGCAUGUCUGAUGGGGGACUGGUCCAUCUGCUUUCUGCUACUUGAGGCUGGAUCUGACCCUAAUGCUCUCAAUGAUUUUGAUGAAACACCCCUCCUUUAUGCAUGUAAACGAGGAUUAGCAUCCAAUGUCCACCUUUUGGUGCAGAGGAAUGGGGACUUGAGGGCGACUGACAAGAAUGGUCUGGGUGUUACUCACCACUGUUCUCAGACUGGUAGUGUCUUUGUUAUGCUGUAUCUGGAAUCUCAAGGAUUUAGUUUUAAGGAACUUGACAGGAAUCUGCAGUCUCCUCUCCAUAUUGUUUGCCAAUAUGGACAUGUGGAUGCCUUCAAAUUUCUCAUAAAAAAACAGAGGAGCAGUAUUGAACAGCGUGACAUUGAUGGUAAUACACCACUGCAUAUUGCAGCACGAGAAGGACAGAGCUACCUUACUUGGCUCAUUAUCAGUAUGAGUAGGUGUAGCAUUCUACAUGAGAGGAACAAAGCUGGCUUCACCCCUUUAGAUCUGGCAAAACAGCGAGACAAAUACGGCCAUAAAGAGCUGAUCCCUGUAUUGGAAUACUAUGGCAAGCAGGACCAUUCCCUAGUUCCUAAGGGACCUUUGGGUCUGUGGUACUCCCAGCUGUUAAUACCUGGACUUACUUAUGGGUCCCUGGUAGGCGGGGUCUAUUUGUCAGGAUAUCAGUAUCAAGGCUUAGUCAUCUUGGCAGGAAUGCUGGUGUUCUUAUGGUACCUCAUGGGAAACUACCACAGGAUGUCACAUAUAUCCAGGUGGCCUAACCCAAUUUAUGCUGGGAUGUUUGGAGCUGGAAUUUUCCACUCAUCUUUACUCUACUUUGUACAGAUUCUCCCUUAUACCAUGUACAACAACCUGCUGACAUUGGUGUGUCUAUCACUGCUGUGUGCUUUACUCUACUUCUACUACAAGGUUCUCACUGUUGAUCCUGGUCUGGUGACACAAUCCAUCCAUGACAAAGAGACUGGCAAGCCAAUGACCAUCGUAGAUCUUUGUGUACCACAUCGUAAAAUUGACCUGCUGUGUGUCCACUGUAAUAUAAUCCGAUCGUCCCUUACAAAACACUGUAAGCUGUGUGAGAAGUGCUUUUAUCAGAUGGACCAUCACUGUUUGUUUCUGCUACGUUGCGUCGCGAAGGGAAACCACUCCAUGUUUGUGUGGUUCAUUACGUUUGUGAUGUUGUGUAUGCUGAUUUUCCUAGGAAACAUCGCCAUGUACUGUUUCAUUGUGUAUCCUGAUAAGUCCGGCGGUGAAAUGUUAUAUUAUAUGUUCUGGUCUGAUGGCUGGGUUUUAUCAAUGGCUGUGAUGAACAUCGGCUCGCUUAUUUGGGGUGUGAACUUGCUUCGAUAUCAGCUGAGCCUCGUGUCAAAAGGUUACACAACUGUGUUUAAGGGCAGCGAGAGUAUCCUAACAUCUAAUGAACGUCUGUUGAAUAUUAUGUAUUUUCUAAUGGGAUAUGAACCAUUUGCUCAAGAUCCUUUGUUUUGUGCACAGUAUGCUGUCUGAGGAGAGACUCCAAAUAGUUCUGUAAAUCAGACAGUGGUAGAAAAUAAAGUAGGAAGUAUUUCACCAAGACAGGAAAUAAGUGUUUAAGUUUUUAGUAGGUAGACCUAUUAUGGAGUAAGAUAGAUGUGACGUUUAACCUAUUAAAGUAUGGAGUAAGAUAGGUGUGAUGUUUAACCUAUUAAAGUAUGCAGUAAGAUAGAUGUGACGUUUAACCUAUUAAAGUAUGCAGUAAGAUAGGUGUGACGUUUAACCUAUUAAAGUAUGCAGUAAGAUAGGUGUGAUGGUGUGACAGAAUGUUGUCAGCCUCUGGACGUCAAUAACCCAGACAAAUGAAGAAGGUAACUCUGGCUCUAUCUACAUCAUGUGUGUUGUGCCAAAUGUUCCAAUAAUGAACAAACUGAACAAAACAGACUAAGCAUUAAAAAAGAAGAACACCUAAGAUUUCUUUUUUAAUUCCCGGUUAAGAUGCGACAGGGAUCCAAUGCACAAACCAAACUAACUUGAAUGUUGCUGAUCUGUUAUAUGGACUAAGUGCCACACAAGACACUAAUGUUUUGUAUUUUUGUGUAUUUUUUUAAAGAAUUGAAUAUAUUUGAUUUUACAUAGAGUUCGUUUUCAAGGUACAUGUAUUUAUGACUUCCAGUUUUCUUUUAAUGUCUUUGAGAUGUCUGGUGUAAGGGUGAAAUAUUCUUUUGUCACUGUGAGAUGGGGACGAACAGUAACAUUCUCAGUUUGCCAUCAGGCUUUUCUGAGUUAUCUCUGUCUUUGUUAAGCUGGAAUUUUUCUCCCUUACCUCAUAUAUUGUAAGCUGUUGUUGUCAACUGUAUACUUUGUAUGGUCAAAAAUUGCCAGGGUCUUGUCAACAUAGAUGAUGUUUUUACAAUUUAUUUUGCUGGAUGUCCUGUCCACCACUAAAAGCUAUCCAUUAGUGACAAGGUUACAUCAUAGUGAUAGCGAACCCAUUCGUGAGUGGUGACAUUUUAAAAGAAGAAAAGUGUGUCAGAUGUCUUGUCUCAAGGGAAGGACAUUGGCCUUUUAGCAAAAUUGAUUUUAUAAGAAAUAAUUUUUUUUCCUUGAUGUUUAUUGUGACAAAGAAUUGCUACAUGAAAUCAGACUUUUACUUUCUGAACGUUACCUUACAUCUACUUAAUAUAGGAUCCAACCCUGACCUGGGGUAACACCAUCUGUUUAUAGGAUCCAACCCUGACCUGGGGUAACACCAUCUUCCUAUAGUAUCCAAUCCUGACCUGGGGUAACACUAUCUGCCUAUAGUAUCCAACCCUGACCUGGGGUAACACCAUCUGCCUAUAGUAUCCAACCCUGACCUGGGGUAACACUAUCUGCCUAUAGUAUCCAACCCUGACCCGGGGUAACACCAUCUGUUUAUAGGAUCCAACCCUGACCCGGGGUAACACCAUCUGUUUAUAGGAUCCAACCCUGACCCGGGGUAACACCAUCUGUUUAUAGGGUCCAACCCUGACCCGAGGUAACACCAUCUGUUUAUAGGAUCCAACCCUGACCCGGGGUAACACCAUCUGUUUAUAGGAUCCAACCCUGACCUGGGGUAACACCAUCUGCCUAUAGGAUCCAGCCCUGACCUAGGAUAACACUAUCUGCCUAUAGGAUCCAGCCCUGACCUGGGGUAACACUAUCUGCCUAUAGGAUCCAGCCCUGACCUGGGGUAACACUAUCUGCCUAUAGGAUCCAGCCCUGACCUGGGGUAACACUAUCUGCCUAUAGGAUUCAGCCCUGAGCUGGGGUAACACCAUUUACCUAUAGGAUCCAACCCUGACCUGGGGUAAUACUAUCUGCCUAUAGGAUCCAGCCCUGACCUGGGGUAACACUAUCUACCUAUAGGAUCCAGCCCUGACCUGGGGUAACACUAUCUGCCUAUAGGAUCCAGCCCUGACCUGGGGUAACACUAUCUGCCUAUAGGCUUCAGCCCUAGCUGAGAAGUUCCAUCAUUUACAUAAUCCUUUUUCUGAAGACAGGUUGUUUGUAUUGAUUACUGUUUGCUAGGAGUUUGAAUGACUCCAGUAGAUAAGCAUUAAAGAUGUUUUUGUGUAUGUUAGUAUGCUGUAAUAUGUAUAGAAAUAUUUAACUCUUUUUCAUAUUUUCUUUAUAGUUCUGCUGUGUUGUGACAUUUUGAUGACUACACUAUACAUCUGUGACUAUAUCUGUGACCAUGUUUCAAACAAAACAUAGCCAAAUCAGCUUUCAAGACAAAGCACUUUCUUAUUACCUGAUAUAUGUAUGGAAGGUCAUUGAUUCAAGUAAAUGUUAUUGUCGUGUGGUGAAACUACUUUCCACCUUAGUUUACACCAGAUUUUACACCACACAAGGAAUCCUGUGACCUUAUUGACAUGUUUACUUGAGUGACAUCUCUUCACCCCAUAUAGUUAACUGAUGAAGAUGACAGUGUAGUCAUCAAAAGGUCAUGUACGAACCCCUUACUUUGUUUGAUGUAAGAAUUCCGAUAUACAUGAACAGCCAGAAUAGGAUAUUCCCUAAUACUUGUUAAAUCAUUUGCAAAUUUUUAUUAUUUUUUUAUUGUUUAAUGAAUUUUGUUAAUGUGUUGUUAAAAACAAAUUAUAACAAAGACGCUACAAGUAUAGAACUAAUAAAGAUCAUACCAAGGCAGGCAUCUCUCCGGAUUCUCUUUUGUUCCUUACAAAAAUUGGCUCAAACUGUAGAAAUCUUUGACAUGUGUUUCACCAAAACAUAUUUUAAGGUCACCUGAUACAAAGUCUUAUGGUGACUUGUUGUGAUUGCCUUUGGUCCAGCAUCAUGUGUCCAUAAACUUUUAAUAUUUUCAAUGUCAUCUCAAAAACCGCUGAACCAUUUUGAAUGAAAUUUUGCAGAAACCUUCCCUGGCGUUAGAUAAAUCAAAAUAGUGCAUUACCAGAGUUGUGAAUUUCAUAGUCCCAAGGUCUCUCCUGGGGAGGGGGUAAAGUUUACUACGGUUGUUUUGAGCAUAACGUUUAUUUAAGGAUUGAACCUUGCUUGU